UAUAAAUUUAGUUAGCUAAAAGUUUGAUUUUUUAAACUGACAAGAUUCUCUUUAGGCAAAUACAUUUUAAUUUUUUUAAAUUAGUCUAGACAAAAAUGUUGUUUUCUAUUUGGCCAACUCUGUUGCUGAUUGCUCCGUUGUUUCUGCCGACGCAUCAGAAGAGGACGCCAGGUAGAACUGCACGGGCUCAACCAACGCCGCCACCGCCAACGAUGUCUACGGCAGCUCCAGUCGAGCCGAAUGUAUUGCAGAUCACCAGGAGGAACUUCAAUAGCACUUUGCACGCAUAUGAGGUGGUCUUUAUCAAUUUCUAUGCGGAUUGGUGUCACUUCAGUACCCGCCUGAUGCCGAUCUUUGAGGAUGCGGCCGUCCGGCUGGCGGAGAAGCUGCCACCGUCGGCGGGAGUGCGUUUGGCACGCGUCGACUGUAUGCUGGAAGUGGAGCUCUCCAAUAUGUGCGACAUCAGCAAGUUUCCGACGCUGCGUCUGUAUUAUCGCGGCCAUCCGCUGCGCCAGGAGUAUCGUGGACAGCGUUCCGUUGAGGCGCUUGUCGCGUAUGUGAAGAAGCAAUUCGAAUCGUCCAUCAAAACGAUAAUCAAUAUCCAGGAGCUGGAUGAGAUUGAUGUCACAAGGCGUUCGGUGAUUGGUUUCUUCGAGAGCCGUAAGGAGCUGUCUGCAGCCCUUUUUGUUCUGCUGGCGGAGCGUUAUAAAAACGAUUGUGAUUUCUAUAUAAGAAUCGGCGCCAAGCUGGACAAUGUGGCGUUUACGGAAAAAAUGCCCACAAUUGUCUACCGUCCGGACGUUGCGCGCACCCAUGCUGCGGAUGAGAUCUAUUACGGCGAUGCGAAAUCACAAAUCGAAAUGGAGGAGUGGCUCUUUAAGAAGUGUGUGCCGCUGGUGCGUGAGGUCGACUUUGGCAAUGUGGAGGAGAUAAUCGAACAGCGAUUGCCGCUGCUCGUUCUCUUCCAUAUGCCCGACGAUGUUGGCUCUGUGAAGGAUUUCAAGUCCAUUGUGGAAAUGCAAUUGGCCGGCUGUGUGGACUGUGGCCAAUUCAACUUUGUCACCGUCAACGGCCUCAAGUUUCAGCAUUCGGUGCUGCACAUGGGCAAAACGCAACGGGAUCUGCCCCUGAUCGCCAUCGAUUCGCUAAAGUUUAUGUAUCCGUAUCCCAAGUUUAAGGACAUGUACAUUCCGGGCCAUUUAAAAAUGUUCAUUAGCGAUUUUAGCAGCCAGCAUUUAAAGCACAAACUCAAAAUGCGGCAUGCCAUCGAACACGAAACCAAUCCGCCGCCGCUAUCCACCUUCAAGGAUCUGGGUCCCUCCAAGCAUCGCUACUCUCUGGUCGGACAUGAUGAGCUGUGAGCCAUAGUUUCAACUUUUACUACUGCUGCUGCUGCUGCUGCUGCUCCCUGUCUUAUUGUUGCUCUUGUUAAUAAAGUAUCUUUUGUUGCUAGCAACUUAA